CUCUUGGAGGCUUUCAGGCCCGGCUAUGGGGAGGAAGACGUACGCGGGCAUGCUAGGAUUCAUCUCAAUGUAGAAAGGUGGAGGGUUGCAGAGAGUUGGUUCUGCCCUGGGAUAGCAGGAGUUGAUUGUGCUGGGUUGGGAGAAGCCGUCCAAUUCGUAUUGACACCGGCCCAGCUCCCUGGUCUUGCUACCCGAAUUCACGGUACAAUCCAAGAAGUACUUGAAACUGGGGCUGAGAUCAAUGUCCGCCGUGCAGCCGAUCCAACCUUGGACGCAUGGAACGGAAUGGCCAAGUUCAGCCAGACCCCCGAGUUUGAUCAAGCGACGAUAAGCAGAGCUUUUUAUGAUGAAAACGGACCGGAAAGGAUUGUUAGAUGGUGGGGUGGAAACUGGU